GACGUUUUCUUUGGUGCAACAGUUUUUUUUUUUUAAAUUAAUUAUAUUUUUUCAUAACAAGCUCCGGCGUUAACCAUUGCAAACAUUUCUCAUUUUUCCCCCCGCGAAAGGCGGAAUCAUAAGACGAGAUAUUUAAAUUAAAACAUCUAUUCGGAGCGAACCCGAUGCCCCGCGUGUACACCCGUAACGCAGCUGUCUUACACGGGGGGGUGUAUUUGGUAAAGCACGAGGGGGACGCGCCGCUGCCGGGACCCCCGGGUCUCACCGUCUGCUCGCGCGGGCCACCGGGGGAACAUUCCUCGUGGAACCGAGCGGUCCUCAAAAGUACCGCGCGAUGUUCACGUGCAAACAUACGCAACUGGGGUUAUUUCACCAUUGCAAAAGCCUCAUUAUAGAGCAUCUUCUUUAUAAAAAAAAAAAAAGAGUGAUUGCACUAAAUGAAUAAACGUGAGGCAGCUUCGGUUUUCUUAAUUUUGUAAUAACAUGUUUUGGUGUUUGGUGUCAGUGAUUUUUUUUUUUUAAUUCUUCUUUUUUUCUUUAAAUAAAUGCUGGCAUUAUGUAAUCUCCAACUUAUUUACCCCAACUGUGGAUCAGCCCUGAGAGGUGGGGUACAGGUGGUGUUGGGGUGGCUGACGAUGCAGCACAGGAGCUGAGGAGGAGACUCCCGAGCUACAGCCUGGCGCGCGCACGCGCACACACACAAACACACACCCAGAGCUGUUGUUGCUGCUGAUGCUGCUGAUGCUGCGCACUGCCCUCCAUCGGGGAAAGACGCUGCUGGUAGAGAGCAGGAUGAGCCACAGCACCGGUCAGAGCCUGACGUGUUUCCCUGUGAAACAGUUGUCUAGUUGUGUGUUUCUUGUCGUGACGCUCGGGCACUAGAAACAGGUUUUUUUUGUGGGGGAGGGGGCAGCUUACAGGUUGUGGUGCUGAAGUUGAGUGCUGCUGGCAUGUUGCUCCUACCCUGCUGGGGGGACUCUCAAGUUGGCCUGGACCAUGAGCAAUGACUCUACCGUCUGGAACAUCCUACCAGAAAACUCUACAGAGAUCCCGUCGGUGGCCCAGGAGCAGCAGGAUGGCCACGAGCUCCUCCUGGUGAUCCUCUCCGUCCUCCUGGUGGGGUCGUUGAUCUCCCUCGCCGUCUUCCUCCUCGCCUGCCGGCGCUGCUGGCCGGGGGGGCAAUGCUAUGCCAGGGCCGGCGAUGACCCCGAGAAAACCAACAGCCACUACGCGGAGGAGUCUCGGCCCACCCAUGAGAUCACCAUCCGGGUCGAUGAGUCCGACUGCCUGUCGAUGGCCAGCUGUCACAACCAGGAGACGGAGCGCUUCCUCUCCACGGGCACCAUGGGCCGCCGCGUCUCCUUCAACGAGGCCGCGCUCUUCGACCACAGCAAGAAGGCCCAGGAGAAGGGCCGCAGGUACACUCUGACCGAGGGCGACUUUCACCACCUGAAGAACGCCCGGCUCACUCACCUCCACAUCCCUCCCCCGGGCCUCAAGAUCGUCACCAUCCACGAGUGCGACUCGGCCGAGAACACCGUCACCAUGACGACGCGCCCCGUCGCCAAGUCCGCACUCUCCAUCUUCCAGCCGAUGCUGUGCCCUCUACCGCAAACGGCGCUCACCGGCCUGAGUGUCAAUCCCGGCUGCGCCCUCCCCGGCGACGCCCUCAACUCUGUGCUGGACACGAGCUUCGGUGAGAACGCGGCGGCUCUCGGCACCAAGCAGCCAACCUCCAGCUCCAUCGAGAUGAUGAUGGCGGCGGCGGGGCCCCGGGGCCGAGGCAGCAGCGUCAGCGUCGGAGAAGGGGCAGGGCUGAGGAGCGGCGCUGCGGGAAGCCAGGGGCCCGUGCUGCAGUUCUUCACCAAGCUGCGGCGCCACGCUAGCCUGGAGGGCGCCAGUCCCUACUUCAAGAUCAAGAAAUGGAAGCUGGACAGCAGCCAGAGGGCCUCCAGUCUGGACACCAGAGGCUCCCCGAAGAGGAGACAGUUCCAGCGGCAGCGAGCCGCCAGCGAGAGCAUGGACCAGGACGACAACGACGCGCACCACAUAGACCUCAUCCAGUACUUCGCCCGCACCCAGGACGACGCCUACGGGCCCGCCGACCCGAAGGCCCGCCUCCUCCCGCCUCCGUCCGCACCACCCCCCUCCCUCGGCAGGGUAGAGGUGGAGGUGACGGUGGAGCCCAGCUGCGGUCGCGGAGGACCGGGGGUGAUUGGCCUGUCCCCCGAUCCCCAAGACGAAGCACUGUCCCCGUCAAGAAUGGACGGCGGCGACGUCCCGGAUCCCCAGAACUCCCACUCGCUUUACAAAGACAUAUGGACCCUUCGCGCGACGCUGGAGCGGUACGCCGCCUCCGACCGGAGCAGCGGCGGCAACAACGACAGGAACUCGGUCUGCAGCGAUGCCGAGAGCGUGUGUUCGCAGGGUGGGCGCCGGCAGCCGGAGAGCGGAGAGCUCCCCAGCUUCCCGUCCCAGGAUCUGGGCGACGAGUCGGAGGGCGGAGAGGAUGACAAGGACGUUUCGGGGUACGUGGAUGAGAGGUUUGGGGCGACGGAGGCGAGAAAGAGGAAACAGGACAGCACCGAGUCCCGGAGAGGGGGCGGCGACGCGGAGACGGGGAAUCGCAAGUUGCUGCAGAUGGACAGCGGCUACGCGUCGAUAGAGGCGCCGUCCCGCGGCCCCGAAGACCUACGGCUGUUUGGGGGCGGCGGCGGCGGCAGCCCGAAGGACCGAACUGCCAACGAAAAACGCCACCACUUCACCCACGCCGGGCCGGCCGGCACUGUCGGCGAGAGCUUCGAGUGUCGUCUCUCCGAGGAGGAGCCGGAGGACGAGUUCCCGUCGGGCGCCAGCGGUGGGGUCUCCAUGGAAACGGGUGCUGGUUCGCCGAGCUGGGUCCCGCGUGGUCAGGUGCUCGCGCCCCGAGCGGCCGCGCCGCCCUCCUCCUCCCCGCCGCCCGCCCUGCACCGGCGGGACUACAGCAUCGACGAGAAGACGGACGCCCUCUUCCACGAGUUCCUCCGCCACGACCCCCAGUUCGACCAGCAGGAGUCGCCGCUCCGGAAGCACCGGUCCCGCGUCCACCUCCGCAAGCAGUGGCAGCGGCACAAGCAGUGGAGCGACCCGGGGGUCCGACACUUCCAGUCCUCUUUUGACCGGCUGCGCGCCCCCCUCCGGAGGGGCGACAGCGUGAACUGCCCGCUGGACACCGGCUACCACAGCACGCUGCCCCGCAUCGUCAGCGCUCCCGACGAGGAGGCCGGCGAGGGGGGGGGCGUCGAGCCGACCGACGUCCCACCGCCGCACCUCCAUCCUGCCGGCAGGCGCCCUGACGCCCGGGAGGAAGGCGGACCAGCGGCGGCGGCCCCUCCCGAGACCCCGGACGAGGGCUCGCCCCCCCGGCCGCCCGACUCCCCGGGCUACGGCCCGCAGACCAUCACGGCAGAGCUCUCGGACAAACUGGCCGCGAACUUGGACGACAGGCUGUACGCGGGCCUUCGCCGGGCCAGGGACGCGGCCCCCGCCGCCGCCGCCGAGUGCGUGGUGGUGGUAGUGGCGGCGGCGGCCGCUUCCCCGGACCACAGCCCAGUGUAGCAGGGCUCUAGUCGUCGUCGUCCUCCGUUUCCAUUUGUCCGGCCUCGGUUUUCGGCGAGCGUGCAGCUCGGCUGUUGAAUCGGGAAGUGUGCUUUUAAAUAGUCGUGCGUGCAGCUCAUCCAAUAGAAACGCAGCCCGCCUCUCCUCUCCUCCUGUGUCAUCUAGCGCCUCAAUGUUGCCCUUCUUUGCAUAGUUAAUUGAUGACGACCGAUCAAAAGCAGGACGAUAGUCUUUGUAUCAUAUAUUGUACGCUUUCGGUAAUAAUUGAUUCCUCAUUAAUGGUUUCUGUGGUCCGUCUGUCGCCGCCUCUCCAGUUUGAAUAGCUAGAGCCGAUACGGCCUCGGUGCUUGUUGAUCCACUGUGAAACCAGGUGCUAUUAGACGAGUACAAACCUACCGCUCCGGAAGCAACAGCGAGUCCUUCCGCCCCGCAUUAGUGCAAAAUAAGUACUUUUCGCUAUUUAUGAGCUACACAAUUAUUUAAAAUACCUGAAUUGCUAAUUAAAGCUUUCUGAGGCAAACUUUAGAGGGGAAGUUCACCCCAAAAGGAAAAGGACUUCUCUCCCCUGUAGCACGAUUUAUCCUACUGGAAUGUUUUGUCAUGCGCUGCCGAGCGUCUUAGACGUCUCCAACGCUGCGCAACUCUCACCCAAACAAUCGAUAAAUAUGUGACCGGAUUCUCGGGGGAACUUUCCCGUCGCGCUGGAUCAGUAGUGGAGGUCUCAGAUGACGGGACUCGUGCUCCUCUGCAGAUGCUACUUUCAUGUCGUCUUUGCAUCUCUGUUUCAGACGUGUUAGUUACCUUUGCUAAUAACAAACGUCUGGAGUUUUUUUUAAUUUUUUUUUUUAAUUCAGAGAAUGUUGCCACAACAAUGACAAUUGUUAUCUUCACACUGACAUAUUUUAUUAUUAUAGAACAAAAUGUUUAAAUCUCUUAAGCUCGUGGUCAUCACAGACCUUAUUUUGAAAAUAUUGUUUCGUUUUGAGGGAACGACACAGAAGUGCGAAUGUCUUGACUUAACUUAGUGUUUUAUGACGCGUUUUAAGGGGCCACGUGCCAAAGAGGUGGUGGAACGAGACGGAUGCAGCUAGUCAACUGCCUGAAAGUUAUAAUGUGCUCUUUGGGAAAGGAAGAUAUCCUUUGAUUGUCCUUUUAUUGAGUGUCUGAAUGGUCGUUUGUUGUUUUUUUUAUUGUUCAUUUUUAAAUAGUUUGUUCUUUUUAUAUAUUUGCACGACUGCAUUGCUUCAACGCGAGCAGGUCUGAAGAGGACGGGUUCAGAACCAACGAACCAGGCGGCGCACACUGGUAUCGCGACUCGGCGUCAGCCACACGCGCGACAGAAGUCUCCGCAAACACACCGACUCUGGGCAUCACCGACAUUGACCUUUUUGACCUGACAAACCACACGCUCGGUCUCGCGCGCAGGGUAUGUCGCGGCCACGAGGCGGCCGAUUACAUUAAAGCUCUGAGACGAGAAGACGUUUGGUGUUUAUUGAGUUUGUCAGAGAGGCAUGCUUUCUCGUGCAUGAGGGCUCUGGGGAAACAGGCUUUGUUUGUCCGCGUCCGACAUCCUCCUCGUCCCCCUUCCUCUUCGUCUCCGGAGAAGGUCGUCAGUGCGGUAGAUGCCUCCCUCGGGGCCCCGCGGGCCUUAUGAAACCAGGCCGAACAAAGACGCUGUUUGUAGUGAAGUCCACUUCAUCAUUUUUUUCCCGGCUUCACAAUUUAAAAAAAAAAAAAAAACACCCACACGAGCAAGAAACGCAUAUUUCUGCUCACAGAUUUGUGCUUUGACGGCGGCGGCGGCAGGUCUGUUCUCGGACCGGCCGUUGGGCUCUUCCCCUCCUGCGUCACGGGAGGGGAACCACCGCACGUGUUGAAUAUUAAUCUCACCGAGACGGAGUCCCAACGCCCCCACUGUUGAGGCCAUUAUCAGGCAGUGAAUGGAGAGUCACUGGGGGUUCAACCGCCCGUCUUUGUCCGGGUGUUGUGAUGAUGAUGAUGCCGUCAAUGCUCUUUUCAGUCUUACCCAGAUUAGAUCUCUCUCUCUCUGCCGCGUAGCACGAGUCUCCUCUCGGGGGAAUAAGUGCAAACGCCGCUUUCCCAAUUAGGAGAGCAAUGCAGUGGGAGGAAAUGAGGGGAACUCAAAAUAAGACAGAGGAGGGAUGGAAGCGUUAUUAUUAUUAUUAUAAUAUAUAUAUAUAUAUAUAAUUUUGGUACAACAAUCCGCCGCGUAAGAAACCGGAUGCGCUCUGGAACCAUUUUGUUCACUCGAACAGCGUUGUUUUUAUGACGGCGAUAAUCAGCAGAAAGGAAAUGAAAGCCUCCCCUCUCCGCUAUAAUGGACCCGAUGCGUCCCCGGUGAUACUAAUUACUCGCAGGCAAAUGCUGACAAAGCUGGAGAGGAGGGCGGACGGCUGCGUUCCCCCCCACGCCGAUCGAACGCCAGCACGUCUUGAAUCGGUCACGGGAAGAAUGGCCACAAAAAGGUGUACAGAGAUGAAAACGUUGCCGUGUAUACAAGCACAGUGUCCCGAGAGCGAGACUGAGUGGACGUCCUCUUUUUAGGUUCCAACUGGGGGCCGCUGUGGUAAAAUAAUGGUGUUCACGUACCAACCAGUAGCCCGUCCAACGCGUUGAUGCAUAGCUGUGUGUAGGUCUGCAUGAGAGUCAACACUUUAGUACGAAUCUUCACGUUUUCUUCGCGAGUCGCGGUACGAAACUGACGCGUAGCGACUGCUCGCCUGUUAGAGGCGGAGGUCGGAGCAUUGGUACGACUAGAGGUUUUGUACUGCUAGAAUGCUGUGAUGAGAUUUUGUGAGGUUUAUCCCUUUUUAAAAGUGGAAGUAUUUCUGUAUUCCUUGCUUGUUAGUAAAACGCUUACUUUCUCAAAGAAAAAAAAAAAAAGACACGCUUUCUUAACGACUUUUUUUUUUGUUGUUGAACUAAAUCAAUCGAGCCUUGAGGGACCAAAUUAUCAAAACAGAAAAAAAGUGUUAUUUUAGGGUUGUUUAUCAAUCUGUGAAUAAAUGAAUGAAUAAAA